UUGGCAGGUGUGGCAUCCGGAUCGGUCAAUAGGAUUGCGAAUGGAAAGCUGGCUGCUCCAGGCCAAUUCCCGUAUAUGGUUUCCCUUCAAACGCUGGGACCAGCACAAAAUCUCCAAACUAGAGGACAUAGAUGUGCCGGAGCCCUUAUCUCAUACAGACAAGCAGUUACAACAGCUUCUUGUAUGUUUAAUUACAACUCAACUGUCCCGCAGUUAAUAAAUUCGACUGAACUGAGAGUGUUUGCUGGUUCCACUUCUUUAUAUAAUGACGUAAGUGCCGAUUUUGUUCGGCCUGUGCUCAACAUCACCGUUCAUCCAAACUUCACUGGCCUACCAGCUCUAGUUAACAAUAUUGCCGUUAUUACACUGGUAACCCCAUUCCCCAAUCAAGUUGUGACACCUCUGUCUCUCCCUGCCGUUGACUUCAAUCCUCCGGAGUUUACGCUAUGUUCAGUCUCAGGAUGGGGCGGAAUAAACUCAUCAGAAUUGGUGAAUGCUGAAUUAAGAUUCGCGACUAAAUAUGUCUAUAACCAAAAUUUAUGUACAUUAUAUUAUAAUACUUCACCAAACUCGACAAAUAUUCUACCAUCAAUGAUCUGCGCUGUUUCCUAUGAUCUUCGAUCUUCUAACUGCGAUGGUGAUUUAGGCAAUCCACUUGUAUGUGGUAAUACUUUUACUGGUGUCUUAUCUAUAUCAGAUAGAUGUUCAGUUUCAUCUUUUCCAGAAGUUUAUACUCGGAUAUCCAACUAUACUACUUGGAUUAGAAGCGUCUCUGGGGCCUCGAAAGCAACAGGCCAAGGACUGUUAUUCAUAUUUUUACUGUUACCUCUUAUAGGCUUAUUCUAA